GAGCAGCCUCCCCUCUUACGUCAUCGCCGUGUCUGGCAGCUUCCGGAGCCCCCGGGGAUGGGGAGAGAGUCAGAAUCCUGAGCGAGCGCUGCUGCGUGUGUGGGCGAUAAUGGUGAGUGCGGAAUGGGUGCAGAGCGUCACAUGACGUCAUGGUGGCUGCGUCAUAUGGGGCAGCUGUUUGAUGACGUUGCUUGUUUCCCCCAGGUGUGCAGUGUCCAUGCUUUCCAUAGGAGGGUACAGUAUGGCUCUUUUUAAAACUUCAUAAACUUGGACCAAGGUGGGAUUUAUUCACUAAACUCCAAUUAACGGUAUUCUGUUAAUUAAUGGUAUCCUGUUAAUUAAUGGUAUCCUGUUAAUUAACGGUAUUCUGUUAAUUAAUGGUAUCCUGUUAAUUAAUUGUCCUGUUAAUUAAUGGUGUCCUGUUAAUUAAUUGCAUGUGGCCAUAAUUGCUGAGUGUGUAAUUAACUCAUUUUGCAUUUUUUUUUGUUGUUCUACCCCCCUCCCCACUGCCUUAAAGGACCACUAUGGGCACCCAGACCACUUCAGCUCAGUGAAGUGGUCUGGGUGCCAGGUCCAUCUAGGAUUAACCCUGCAGCUGAAAACAUAGGAGUUUCACUGAGGGUUAACCCAGCCUCUAGUGGCUGUGAGAAGACGCUGGACAUCCAUAGGAAAGCAUUGAGUAAUGUUUCCUAUGGACGUCCAGGUCUCAGGCCGCGCAUGCGCAUUCGGAUCUGAUGUCGGUGGGGUGGGGGGUGGAGAGUUUCACAGCACAGAGGGGGCCCGGUGCUGGAGAAAGGUAAGUGGCUGAAAGGGUUUUAACAAGUUUGUUUUCCUGGCACUAUAGUGCUCCUUUAACACUGAAAGUUCUUCAGAAACAGGGUCAUCUCACCAACAACUUGUACUGUUGUACUUUUUGUUAAUUCACCUGUUAUGCAGCUCCUCAGAUUAUGUUGUUUAUAAGGCGUCGGCUAACCUUUCGGUUCGGCUACUCUGGCAUUAAAUUUGAAAUUCACUUUGACUUUUUUUUUUUUUUUAGAAGAUAAUUGCAGGAGAGGAAGCAAGGGAAAUUAAUUAGUGAGUUCUGGGGAGGAAAAGCUGUUAAAGGACCACUAUAGGCACCCAGACCACUUCAGCUCAAUGAAGUGGUCUGGGUGCCAGGUCCAUCUAGGAUUAACCCUGCCUGCUGUAAACAUAGCAGUUUCAGAGAAACUGCUAUGUUUACAUUAGGGUUAUUCUAGUGGCUGUCUCAUUGAUUUUCACAGUGAGAAGACGUCAGCGUCCAUAGGAAAGCAUUGAGAAUGCUUUCCUAUGCCCUUGCCGCGCAUGCGCAAUCAGCCGGUGACGUCAGAAGAGGGAGGAGAGUCCCCAGCACCGAGGGAGCCCGACGCUGGAGAAAGGUGUUUAACCUCCUUCCUCCCCCUUCAGCCUGGCGGGAGUGGACUCUGAGGGUGGGGGCACCCUCAGGGCACUAUAGUGCCAGGAAAAUGAGUUUGUUUACCUGGCACUAUAGUGGUCGUUUUACCAUUCAGUAGUAACCUUAAAGGAUCAUCAUAGGGUCAGAUAUACGAAUGUGUAUUCCUGUACCAUUUAGGUGUCUCGCCGCCCCCUUUAAUCCCUUAAGGACCAAACUUCUGGAAUAAAAGGGAAUCGUGACAUGUCACACAUGUCAUGUGUCCUUAAGGGGUUAAAAAGGUAACAAACUUACCUUAUUUCCAGCACCGCUCAGGUCCACUCGCCCUGCCCCAGAUGCACCUCCUUGACUGACAUCAUAAUUGAUGAUCUCAACCAAUCCUAUGCUUUCCCAUAAGAAAAGCAUCUGAUUGACUGAGACCUUUAAGGAGGCGGGGUCAAAUGCUGACUUGGCCAAUCAGCAUCUCCUCAUAGAGAUGCGUUGAUCCAAUGCAUCUCUAUGGGGAAGGUUGGAGACGCUGAAUGUCACAGCACUGCCCCAGGAAGCACCUCUAGCAGUCAAGAAGUGGCCACUGGACGUAUCCCUAAGCUGUAAUGUAAACACUUAUUUUUUUUCUGAAAAGGCAUUGUUUACUGCAAAAAGGCUACAGGGACAGUCUAUACUCACCAGAACUACAUUAAGCUGAAGUUGUUCUGGUGACUGUAGUGUCCCUUUAAAUAUUUAUCUGAUCCCCUCCAUAUUUCUGAAGCUCCUAGUGUUCUUACUUGCCAGGAGUUGCAUAAGUUAUGUACUCUUGCACUUGUACAUAAUGGGCAUCUAUAGAAGAUCCUGCAGGGCCCUAGGAUCUAUCAUAAAUCUUUAACUGCUGUAAAAUGUCAUCUAUUGUGCAUCACAUGUUCCCAUCAGCGGUCAUGACAGAACGGAGCUCUCCUCCUCCGAUCCUCCUCCGUUCCUCCCAUUCGGCAUUGUAAAUGCUUUCCUAUGGACGCUUGCGUGCUCUCACUGUGAUUUUCACAGUGAGAAUCACGCAAGCGCCUCUAGCGGCUUUCAAUGAGACAGCCACUAGAGGAAUUGGAGGAAGGAUUAACCCAUUUACAAACAUAGCAGUUUCUCUGAAACUGCUAUGUUUAUAAAAAAAUGGGUUAACCCUAGAGGGACCUGGCACCCAGACCACUUCAUAUGAAGUGGUCUGGGUGCCUAGAGUGGUCCUUUACGCAGAAAUAGAGAAGAUAUUUAAUACAAUUUGAGCUAUAUAAAGAACUAUUUCGAGGUAAGGGCUCUGAAGAAUAUUAAAGAGCUUACCAUCAGUGCAGUAAUUUGCUGUAACAUUUAUAUUCAGAAUAAUAGGUGGAAUACCAUCUUAAACCACUCACUCUGGGUUAUAGUUGAAUUAAUCUGCUUGAUCUGAAAAGACACUCCAUACACCAUGGGGAAACCAUAAUUUAUGUUCUUUGGUAUUUGAGUGUGGAUAUGGUAGCUAACAGUUUUAAAAAUCAUUAAAUUAUACUUGCUAAAAAGAGACUGUCGGCAAAGCUGCCAUAACCCAUUCAAGGAGAAAUUCUAGUAAUGGUGGUUGGAAUGUUUGUUUUUAAUAUGAUGUCUGUUACCUUUUACAGGUAAAGAAGGUGUCAGACUACUUAUUCAGCUAGUAUAAUUUUAAUGGCAUGCAUCAUACUCCAUACUGAAACUUACUGGUAAUGGCAUUCUUGGCCUGUGAGUCACUGCGCAUGACAUACCUGUGGUUGCAUUAGCAGAGAUCUACUUGUAAUUUUAUGUAACUUUGAACAAUAAUUGUUCAUUAUAUGUAGGGCGGACCCUAUGCUUGUCCUCUCUAAACAUAAUCAGGGUUAUUUCAUUGUUGGGAAUUCAAAGUGAAUUUCAAAUUUAAGGCCAAAAUAGCUCUAUUGGAAAAAUUCUCCAUGUGGAUCAGCUGCUUUGAUAUAAAAUGUGGAAUUCACAUUGAAAUCACUUUGAAUUCCUGACAAUACUCACUUUGGUAAAUAACUCUGUAGAAAUCCCAAUGCAAGUAUCCAGCUAUAGAUUCAACAAGGAGAACAUUCAAAGAACUUGUAUAAAUCUCAGCGUCACACUUUAUUAUACAAUAUACAGCAAUAUUAUAAUUUAAAAUGUAUAUAGAUGUUUGAGGAACUCAUGACAUCUGUACUACAGUUGUAUGUUUAUUGACAUUAUCAUAAGAGCUCCAGUGCAAGUUAGACUAGUGCCCCUUGCCUCAUUGCCCUCUAGGUUGAACAAAUUGACAGGUUGUGGAUUUAAAAGGACACUUUAAGAAUCCAGACCACUUUAAUCUCAUUGAUGCAGUGUUUCUUGGGUGAGUGUUUCAGACAUAUUGCAAUGUCUACAUUGUGGUUCUAAACACACCUUCAGUAAUUGUCACCCACUAGAACCAAGUCAGAUUCGGUUCUUGAUGUUCAACAUUGUCUCACAUUGCUAGAAGACAUUGAACGUUCUGUCAGUACAAUAAAUGCAGCUCUGAUGUGAGCACAGUUGCAGUGCACUGAAAAUCUUUUGAUAGGCGGACCUACAUGUGCCUUGUGUCCACAAUGCUUCCUUACAGUGCUGCAAAGAAGAGGCUAUCUCAGCGCAGAUUUAGAGGUAAGUUGUUUUUUUCUUUUUUUCUUUCUAAAAAGGCGUGCACUGGAAUCUAAAAGACCCUGUAACUAUUUUGGUCAAAUAAUACCUGUUUUCAGGGACUAUGGUGUGUGUUCCUUUAAAGGACCACUAUAGUGCCAGGAAAACACUAGUGCCCCCACCCUCAGGGUCCCCUCCCGCCGGGCUCUGGAAGGGGGAAAGGGGUCAAAACUUACCUUUUUCCAGCGCUGGGUGGGGAGCUCUCCUCCUCCUCUCUGCCUCCGUUCCUCCCAGUCGGCUGAAUGCGCACGCGUGGCAAGAGCUGCGCGCGCAUUCAGCCAGUCGCAUUUACAAUGCUUUCCUAUGGACGCUGGUGUGCUCUCACUGUGAAAAUCACAGUGAGAAGCACGCAAGCGCCUCUAGCGGCUGUCAAUGAGACAGCCACUAGAGGAUUUGGGGGAAGGCUUAACCCAUUCAUAAACAUAGCAGUUUCUCUGAAACUGCUGUGUUUAUAAAAGAAUGGGUUAACCCUAGCUGGACCUGGCACCCAGACCACUUCAUUAAGCUGAAGUGGUCUGGGUGCCUAGAGUGGUCCUUUAAUCCUGGAUGGUAAGUACAAUUUGAACACAAUGCAAUAAGAUAUACGCUAGAAGGUAUACAUUGGGAGAGAACAGUGGUUACUAAUGCAGAAGAAUGCUUGGUCUUGCCAUAAUUUUGAGUAACUUGGAGUAAGCAAGUUGGUGUGAGCUAGAAUGAUCCAUACAAACAAAGCUGGCAUAGUGAAGCAAUUGAGUGAAUGUGUUAAUACAUUUUGGCAUUAGCCAGAGGAAGGAGUGUACUUUAUAUUGAAUUGUAACUGUGAUAUGGAGGUGGAGUCAUGCAGGUAGAACAUGUUACUUGACACCAAGCACUUCCUGGAAAGGGUAUGAGAAAUAUUCCUGUCUGUACCAGCAAACGUACAAUACAGACCUCUGCGCAAUGAUUUAAUAAGCUGGAAAAGUGGAGAGGAUAAUGGUACAAGGUGAGGAGUGGGGGCUUUAACCUGCAGGAUUUGCUUUCAGUGAUACCUUGAAGGUAAAGGGUCAUCCAUAAGGCCAGUACGUGUCUUACAUUUAGCUGCAGAUAAUAGCCUGGUAUCUAUGACGCUUUAUACAUUAUUUGUGUACCAAAAAGAUGAAGCUAAAACACAGAUCCCCAGCCCAAUUCCUAUGAACACUAUAUUUCAUGUAAUAUUUGUAAUGCUGUUCUGUUGUUCAGUGUGUCGAUUGUUUAGAAAGGAAAUAAAACCACUAACCAUAAUAAUUCUCUGUUUUUACAUGGUUUAUUUAGCAACGUCUCUUGUGGGUUUAUCGUGGUAAUUUCUCAGUACAACCAGAUCCCAGAUUGCAAGCUCUUAUGAGCAGGUCCUUGUUUGCCUCUUGUGUCUGUUAGUAACUUGUUAAAUAACCCUAUCGUUUAAUUGUACUGCAGAAAAUGUUAGUGUUAUAUAAUGCUGCUAAUAAUAUAAAUGCUCUGUAAUGGUGCCCUUGCUAGGCCUGACAUUUUAUGAAAACGCCCAUCAUACUAUUCGUGGCUUUGACGUUGUUACUGUUUGUCCUGGUCGUAAAAUGUCUAAAUAUUAUUGUGUUGUCCUAGGCGGCUGUGUGUAAAUAUAGAUUUGCUGUGCUGUGCACUGCUACAAGAUCCCUGCUUAAUGGGCACAGUGUGUCAUCCACCCAUUACUGUCCUGGGAUUUAUUUGCUAAUCAGUGUGCAGUGUAACCCUUCCAGUGCAGGUCAUGUUUGUGGUGUUUUUUUGUUUUUUUUUUAAAUCUGUGACAGUGAGGUCAAGGUUUAGAACAAUUUACAAAUGUUUGUAAAAGCUUGCUAAAAAGGUGGUUUUUUUUUUUUUUUUUUGUUUUUUUUUAAGAUUAAAAAAAAUGUUUAAUCUAUUUUGCAUUGGAACAGCAUGCAACUUUAAAAGGUUUCUCCAAGCACUGUAACCACUUCAGUGCACAUACAGAGUUUAACCACUCUGCGGCAGCAUCAUUAGGGUGUCAUUAGCAGUGUUCCGGAUGACAAGUGUCAGUUCUGUGCAUGUUGGACGUCUGACAUCAGCACGCUGGCAAUAGGCACACAGUGGUGGCCGCUGCUGUCCCCUUUUAUUUGUGUGUGGUUUUAUUUUUAUGUAAACAAUUUGUGUGUUCAGCUGGGUUCAACGUCAGAUGUUCUAUCUGCAAAUUCAUAAAGAAAGACUGGAAAAAAGUGAAAGAUAGCGAUGACAUUGAAGAGUAUAUUAUUUCCUCCUUUUUCAACUGCAAUACAGCUGGACUCGUGUAUUUGCUCAUUUGCCAGUGUAAGUUGAAAUAUGUCGGAAAAACAUUUAGGCCGUUUAAAAAGCGCAUUCAAGAACACAUGCGAUCCCCUAGGAAUCCACUGGAUAACCCUAUCUCUAGGCAUCUUAGGGAAUAUCCUAAUGGAGAUUCUAAUGGGCUGCGUUUUUGUGGCCUUGAACGUGUGAAAAAAAAGUCCUAGGAGAGGGAACUAUGACAAAUUUCUGAGACAACGAGAUUCCUUUUGGAUAUAUAGAUUAAAAACUCUAAGCCCAAAAGGUAUGUUUUACUGGUUAAGCCCACAUUAAAACUUUAAAGGGCUACAUUUUUCAUUUUUAUUUAUUUUUUAUUGUUUAUUUAUUAUUUUCACUUUAAGGAUUAUACCAUCCCAACAGUUUAAGAAAGAUAUGACACAGAUUUGAUACAGAUUUUUGCUUUUUUCAUUCCCAUUCAUCAUUCUCUAGUUAUAAAUGUAAUAUCAAUUUCUAAGGACAUAAUAUUUAUAUAUUUUGAACUAAUAACCAGAUAGAUGGAGAAGGAAUUACACCAAAUGAUGCCCUAUCUUGUAAUUAUGGAUUAUGUAACAGCCCAAUUAUACAGUUACUUUCAGCAGCUGUGACAAUAAUUUUUACCAGGUUUAAUAUCUCAAAUAGUACAAUUUUGUCUUAAGCCUUUAAUAAUAAGCAGUAUAUGAUGUUACAUAUCCUUUAGAAAUCAGAUACUUUUAUAUUACCUUUAUUGGCAACAUGGCAAUUCUGUAUCCCAAUAUAUCAUUUACUAUUCUAUUUUGAUGUUUCCACUUUGUUUACUAAUAUGCAGGAUCCCAGGUUUUAGAACCUCUAACCCCCAAGGGUUAAGUAGACGUUAACUGCAAACCUAACAUAUUGUCUAUACUUACCUUGGGCACUCUUGAAAAAGGCGCCUGAGACCGCUGAAACGCGCGUCGAGUUUAGACGUUUUCCUUUUUAACUAGGUUAGGUUUUUGAUGCAUCCUUUUAGUCUCUUUUAGAUUUUGAGGAUUUAAAUACUUUUUCAAAUGGGAUUUGAUCUUAAGAGGGGAUCUAUGUUUACUUGUUAAUAUAUUUUUUCUCUAUCUUCCCUAAGACUUUAAUUUUAAUUUGGGACGAUCACAGGUCUUGCACAACUUAAGGCAGUGUAAUAUAUCUAGCCUGCCUAUUUUCAUCUCUCUCUAUAUCUCUAAAGUGCAAUUUCAAACAGAUUAGACUUUGAUCGUGUGUCUGCUAUAUGCUGAGGUCUUUUAAAGGACCACUAUAGGCACCCAGACCACUUCAGCUUAAUGAAGUGGUCUGGGUGCCUGGUCCAGCUAGAGUUAACCCUUUUUUUUUUUAAUAAACAUAUAAAUUUCAGAGAAACUGCUAUGUUUAUAAAUAGGUUAAUCCAGCCUCUAAAGCCUCUAGUGGCUGUCUCAUUGACAGCCGCUAGAGGCGUUUGCGUGCUUCUCACUGUGAAAUUCACAGUAAGAAGACGCAAGCGUCCAUAGGAAAGCAUUAUGAAUGCUUUCCUAUGAGACUGGCUGAAUGCAUGGAGGCGGAGAGGAGGAGGAGAGCUCAUCGCCCGGCGCUGGAGAAAGGUAAGAUUUUAACCCCUUACUCUCCGCAGAGCCCGGCGGGAGUGGGACCCUGAGGGUGGGGGCACCCUCAGGGCACUAUAGUGCCAGGAAAACGAGUAUGUUUUCCUGGCACUAUAGUGGUCCCUUAAGGUUAUAUAUUGGGUUACUGUGUGCAUCAACUCUGAGGAAUCUUCAUGGCAUUACUAUAUUGCUUAUAAUUGUAUUCCAUUUCUACAUGGAUGUUAGCUACAGUCACCCUAAUAAACCUGUCCUCUAAUUGGCACUAUGCCAUUAAUAAGCAACAAGUAAGUUUAGCUUAUUAUCAUUAUUUGGUGUUUUUCAUUUAUUUGAUUUAAGCUAAAACUUAUACCAGUAUUGAUAACAGCACUAAAAAGAGAGAGAUUACCUGAAUAUAGUUCCAUAUAUACAGGGAAGGUAGAGCGUACCUGAACAUAGUCCCAUCUACUUACUAUAAGUGGAUAUAUAGAGGCUUUACCAAUCUGAGCUCCUAUUAGACACUAUCCAAACUAAGUGCAACAUAUUGACAGUUACUAGCUUUUGAUCUUUAUCUCUCAAAUAGAUUCCUGACUAUUGUGUUUACGUAUAAGUCAAUUUAUUGGUAACAACUUACAGUUAGUCACACAUAUAUAUACAAGAGACUGUUUAGACUGCUCAAGCCUUUCCUUUUUAAAUUCACCAACACUGUGUGUUUCACUCAUUUCACAAAUUUUUGUCCUUAAAGAGAUUUUUAAAUUGAAUCUAAUAAACAUAAGUUCUUAUUUUUUAACUCUCAUUCUAUUCGUACCCCAUGAGUUAUCUUUACUAUUGUGGGUAUACCUGGGGGGAGUGUUAGAAGAAAGGCAGGUCGCCCUUCACUCUUUUAUCCUCUAAGGCAACCUUUCUCGUGUGGGCUCAACGUCAUACAUUUUUGUGCAGGCUUACAUUUAUAAUGUUUUAUCUGCCUCUUUUAAUUUGUACAGAUUUCUUUGAAAUGUAUUCCAAUAAAGUAUCUGGCUGAAAGAACCAUUUAAAAUCUUAGUGAAUUCCACAUCCGUUUUCCCUGGCGCAUCCCCAUUGUAAGUCGUUGAUCACUUUCAGUACGGCCUGAUCUUUUACCUGGAUUCUGCUUGGCUCUCUGCCUCCACUACAUCCGCCAGAGGAUCAGGAGCUCCUGCUUAGUUGCUUCCGUUAACUCUCCUGACCUAAGACCUGCAGUGCAGGGCUAACUCAUUGGCUGAGAGCUUCAGGUUCUCUGCUGGCUAUAGUGGAGGAGAGAGAGGCAUUAAGUGGACAGCAGAUAAGAAGUCAAAUGGUUUGAAUACUUGGUUGGGAGGCCUCCAGUUAUAUGAAUAUUACAAGCACCAUAACGACUAUAGUGUGCUGUAGUGGUUAUGGUCCUUGUAAGUGUUACUUUUACUCUACCCUACAGCCAGUCAUUGUCAUCUUCUUACCUGUUUAAUGGGGCUUAACAUUUCAAGAUCUAUGCUACUAGCCAGGUUUCAAACACUGAGUAAAACCCGGAAGAAGCGCUGAAGGGAACCUAUAGUCCAGAAAUAACUAUUGUUAUUUGAAGAAUCAUAGACUCCCUUUAAAAGUUAUACACCACUGCCUAUUUUGCCAAGGUGCCAGUCUAACAAUGUUAAUUUUCCUCAUGCCUAAUGUGGUUUUUAUAUUCCUUUUAUUUGCAACAGGAAGAACCGGUCCAACAAUGAGGGAAGCUGACAGAAGAGACAUUAUGAAGUCCCAUGAGAGGUAUAUUCUUUUUAUUAUGGCUGUUAAAAUGCAAAUUACAGUAUAGUAUGUGACUGCCGAUUUUAUUACUUCUUAAUUAUUUGCUUACCCUUAAAGUGUCUUCAUAGUUUAUCACAUACUAUACAUGUCCAUAACUACAAUUAUCACCUGUGUUUGUAUUCUAAAAUAUUCUUUUAGAUACCAAGUUACUGUUCUUCAUGAACAAAUAGACAGCAAUAAAAACAUUGUGCAUUAAAUGUGUUGAAAUCCAGUAGGCAAUAGUUAUUAAUGGGCUUACAGUCACCCAAAACACAUUAGAUUCUACCAUGCCAUCUCCAGCAAUUCUCCUAUUGUAUCUGCCUGGGAUGGAGUCAGAGCUUUUUCGGUAUGAGUUAAGGGCAAUCACAUGGGAAGCCACAUGUCACUAUAAGCACCAUGACCAUUACAUCGUGCUCUCAGCCAAGUCUGUAUGAUUUGGUGAACUUUUUUAUCAGACCAGAAUAACCCUGGACACCUCAUACAGCAAGGUAAACAGUUUGACAUAUCAGAAUGCUGCAGUCAGUUUGGGUUCUAGAGUGUCCUUCUAAAACAGAAUGUGCUGGGGGAGAGCCAGAUGCUCUAGUGCACUUCAGGUACCUCAAAAGAUGUUAUUUGUGAAACUGAAUGUUUCAUCAGAACUUCCUACAGCACAAUUGUGUUGUCAUGUAAGCUGUUUUUAAAAGGAAACUUUGAUUAUAUUUUCUUUUCCUGAUAAACAAUAUACAUUGUAUUAAUAUUCUUUUUAAACUGGUCUGAACUUGCAAAAAGAAGAGACACAGAAAACAGCAAAAACACAAGAAUAAGGCACAAAAUUGUAAAAACAAAAAUUAGAGAGACAUUUAAAAGAAGAAAAAAAACAAAAUAAAACAGUUCCCAGAAACGUAUUGUAAAAUAGCGACAAUAUAACUUUCCCAAUACUCUUUUAUUAUAUUCCAAAAAGCAAUGACCAUGUGUUUCAUUGUGCGAUACGAUUUGCUAGGUUACACAGCACAAACUUUACACUGGUCAUGUGGCUUUUUGGAUGCUUUUCUGGUCAAUACAGGUUUGUGAAAAUCUUUAGUCAUUAAGGGGAAGGCUGCUUAUGUUAUAUGUUGUAUAUUUCUCAUACAAUUUAUUUAUUUUUAUUUAUAAAAUAUUUUACCAGGAAAGAUACAUUGAGAUUUCUCUCGUUUUCAAGUAUGUCUUGGGUCCACAAAUCAUUGCAUUGUUACAUUAAGGUACAAUACAAAUACAAAAAACAAUAUUAAUACACAAUAUAUACAAAAUUUACCAUAAAACAGGUAGGGAAUAUAUAAUCACCCAUGACACGUGCAUUCUGUUUUGAGAUAUGUAGAGAGGGAUCUCUUAAAGGACUUUAGGCUUGGGGAAGAUUUUAAAGUGUGUGAGAGGCCGUUCCAUAAUUGCGGUCCUCUGUAGGAGGAGGAGCAUCGGGCUGCUUUCUUUUUGUAUUGAGGUAGACUAAAUAAAGUGCUGGUACUGGAUAGGAGGUUAUAGGAGGUGGGAACAGCCGGGGAGAGCAUUUUUUUUGUUCAGGUAGGGUGGGAGUUUCCCAGAAAAGCUCUUAAACACAAGGCUGGAAAGAUGAAGGGUGCGUCUGGAUUCCAGCGACAGCCAGUUUAGUUCCUUUAGCAUGUCACAAUGGUGGGUCCUGUAAUUACAUUGUAGCACAAAUCGGCAGAACGAGUUAUACAAUGUACUGAGUUUAUUAAUGUGGGAUUGCGGUGCAGAUGCAUAUACAUGCAUUUGCUGUACAAUGUCUUCCUUUACUGUAGGGCUUAGGCAGGAUUUGUUUCUGUACAGGGCACCUAGUUUUGGAUAAAGUUUAGAUGCAAGUUUUUCUAUGUGGAGGCCAAAAGAUAGAUUGAGGUCUAACAUCAUACCCAUGUAUUUGAAAGAGUGGACUGCGGUCAGUGUGCCAUUUGAACUUGUUUUGAUGGAUAGGUGGGAAUUGUGUAAUUUAGGGACUGUUCCAAAGAUCAUGGUGACAGUUUUGUCAGUGUUUAGGAAGAGUUUGUUUUUUGCGAUCCAUUUUUCUACCUCUGUAAACUGGUCUUGGAGCACAGCCUCAAGCUGCGGUUGCUCGUAUUUGCUCACAUAGGUCACUGUGUCUUCUGCGUACCUGUGUACAUUUGAGCAUUUGCAGACAUUAGGCAGAUCACUUAUAAAUCAUGUAAAUAGUAGGGGGCCGAGAAUGGAACCUUGGGGAAUUCUACACGUGACUGGGAGAGGGAGGGAGUCGCUGUCAGAUAUGGACACAUAUUGCGAGCGAUGCGAUACAUACGAUCGAAACCAGGUUAGCGAACAAUCACCAAUACCUGAGUUUGAGCAGUAAAUUGUCGUGGUCUACUGUGUCAAAGGCCUUGGCAAAAUCAAGGAAAAUAGCUCCAGGUAGGUUUCCUUGUCCCUUGCCAGUUUGGAUGUCAUUGCAAACUUUUAAGAGGGCAGUUGUAGUGGAGUGAUUCUGGCAAAAGCCCGACUGAUCAGGGGUCAGAUAGUUUGAUUGUUGUUAAUACUCGCAUAGUUGCGUAUGGACACAUUUUUCUAAGAUUUUUGACAAUACCGGGAACAAUGAUAUUGGGCGAUAGUUAGAAACCAAAGUAUUGUCACCACUUUUAUGGAUAGGCACUACUCUCGCAGUCUUCCAAAGUUUGGGUAUGUAUCCAGACACCAAAGAUUCGUUAAUUAGGGUUGCGACUGGUUUAGCAAUUGCCGGCGCACUGAGCUUCAACAGCAUUGCUGGGAUUUGAUCAGGUCCGGACUGGUUUUUCAUUUUUAGAUUAUUUUGGUGUUUAACGACACUAAUGGGUACAGGUCUAAAAAUUGACUUGUCCAUAUUGGGCCUUUGCAAAUUUAAUGGUGCCUGAUCAACAUUUGUAGUUUCCGGAUGCGUGUCAUUUAUUAGCUUGGCAAUCAGGGUAGUGGAGCAUCCGACAAAAUAAUUGUUAAAGGCAUUUGCUAAAUCUAAGGGAAGUUGCAGGGUUUGGUUACCCACUUUGACAGUGGAGGGAUGGGAGUGGAUUUUGAUAGGUUAUUGUUAGGGAUCGACCGAUUAUCGGUCUGGCCGAUAUUAUCGGCCGAUAUUUGGUAUUUUCGGCAAUAUCGGUAUCGGCCAAUUCAGAUACCGAUAUUGCCGAUAAUAUAUAACAGGACCGCCGUGCCCAUUACAAGCCCAGCGGUCCUGCGGGGGCCAGCAGCAAGCGCUGACUUACCUUGCAUGCAGCUCCUACAGCUCUCUGUGUAAAUCUCGCGAGACCCGCGGCCGCAGAGCGUUGCCACGGGUUACCAUGGCAACGCUCCGCGCGGCACUAAGAGCCGCGAGAUUUACACAGGGAUCUGCUGGAGCUGCAUGCAAGGUAAGUCAGCGCUUGCUGCUGCUGAGCCACCACUGUACUUAACAAGCCACUGGACCACCAGGGAAUACUAUAUCCCCCUCCCUGGUAAGAAGCAGGGAGGGGGGACUAAUUUUAGGGGCCAAAAGAGCAUAGACAGCUCCAACGGUGGACCCUCAGUUGAAGUAAGGUCUUGUUCUAUCUUGUACCAUAUCUCAUUCUUACUAUCAUUUAGUUGAGUAAUAAUUGCGUGUGUAAAGGUCGCAGCAUUUUGGAAGUCUUUUAGAAUAGGGACCCCCAGUCCCCCCUUUUUCACUUUUAAGGCUAAGCGUUUUUGGGAUAUUCUUGGGGGCUUAUGUAACCAUAUAAAUUUAUUCAAUAAGGAUUGAGCUAAGGUCAACCAGCUGUCCGGGCACGGUAAUGCCACCAUUCUAAAUAGAUAAACCCAUUUUGGGAUAAUAUAAGAUUUAACUACAUUGAUACGGCCCCACCAUGAGAUCUCUAAAUUUUUCCAAUUUUUAAAUUUCUUUGCCGUAGUUCUAAGAAGAGAUAGGAAAUUGAGUUCCAUGAUAAUAUUAACGUCAUUUGCUAUUUCAAUUCCCAAAUAAUUAAAAGAAACCUCCGCCCAAUUAAAUUCAUAUCUCUGCCUAAGUAUUGCCCUUGUAUUCUGAGGGGUAUUCAUUAGUAAUGCAGUCGACUUAUUGACAUUAAUUUUAUAGCCUGAGUGUAAAGCGUAUUCAUCUAAGGUAUUAAAGAAAGCUAUAGAGGAGUUUAAAGGAUCUGCUAGAGUUAAUACAAUAUCGUCAGCAUACAUUGUUAAUUUAAUGCAAUCAUUUUUGAAAUUAAGGCCCUUUAUUACCUCAUUUUUCCUUAUUGCUACCGCUAGAACUUCUAUUGUCAAUAAAUAGAGAAGAGGUGAGAGCGGGCAGCCCUGUCUCGUCCCGUUUUUCAACGAGAAAAAAUCUGAGCUGAAUCCCGCUCCCACAACUCUUGCGGAAGGAGUUGAAUAUAAGGCCAGUAUUGCUUUUCUUAUAUUCCCAAAAAAGCCAAAGGUUUGUAGGACCGCAUCGAGGAAGUCCCACCUGACCCUGUCGAAUGCUUUCUCUGCAUCUAAAGACAGGAUCAGGAGGGAGUAUUUCCUCGAUUGGGCCCAAUCCACUACGUCUAUAAGACGUCUGACAUUAUAUACCGAAGAGCGUUUGGAAAUGAAGCCCACUUGGUCCCUAUGAAUUAUAUCCAUCAUAAUUCCAUUUAAUCUGCUUGCCAUUAUUGAGGAAUAAAGUUUUAAAUCUUCAUUCAAUAACGAGAUAGGUCUAUAAUUGGUUAUUAACUCUGAGGACUUUUGUGGUUUAAGAAUAGGGACCAAGUUAGCACUACACACUACACAAACACACACUAGGGGGGGACUAAACAAAAAAAAAACAUUUAAAUAUUAAAAAAAAUCAAAAUAAAAAAUUACACAAAUUACAUCACUACACAAACACACACUGCACACAUACUGCAUUACAUACACACACACACUGCAUUACAUACACACACUACACAGACAGACACACUACACACACACCACAAACACACACUGCACACAUACUGCAUUACAGACACACACACUGCAUUACAUACACACUACACACACACACACUGCAUUACAUACACACACUACACAGACAGACACACUACACACAUACUGCAUUACAGACACACACACUGCAUUACAUACACACUACACAAACACACUACACACAUGCUGCAUUACAUACACACUACACAGACACACACUGCAUUACAUACACACACUACAUUACAUACAUACACAUACACACUAAACACACACUGCAUUACAUACACACACAAAAACACACUGCAUUAUACACACACACUACAUAAACACACUGCAUUAUAUACACACUACACACACUGCAUUAUAUACACACACUAUGCAUCCACUACACACACACACACACACACUACACAAACACACACAGUUCCCCUGUCUAAACACACUUCAUCCACUACAUGUGGCAUGUAUAUUUUGUGCAUUUACCUUUCAAAUUAGUUUAUUUAUUCAAAAUAGUAAAUGUACAGAAUAUCGGCAAGAUAUCGGCUAUCGGCCUGAAAGUUCGCAGAUUAUCGGUAUCGGUAUCGGCUCUAAAAAAUCAAUAUCGGUCAAUCCCGAGUUAUUGUUCAGAUUUUCACAGAAAUAUUUGCUUAUUUAUCUAAACAUAAAUACAUUUACUACUUGGAGUACUCUUUUAUGAAAGUAAACCCUCUCUGAGUCUUCUUUUUGGUCUUGAUUUUAAUGCUACAAGUCUUCAUAUUACAGAAUUUCUUAUGCCAUAUUUGUAAUUUCCUUUCUAAGGAUGUCCAGAUCGGGGGGCAGGGGCAUUGAACGCAAACGUUGCGAUUCGUUUAUCAACAGCCUCUUUGAAGAAGCAGAGGAUGGUGGCGGACUAAAUGCCUCUCCAGAAGAUGUUGAGAGUCAUGUAAGAACACAGCAUCAUUUACGUUAUCUUAUUAAUUCUAUAAUCCGCAAACAACAUUUCUACUACUAUGCUACUACACAGGCUUAAGGUACUCACCACAGCAAGCCCGAGGAGACACAUUUACCAGGGUUGAACUUCUGCCCAGCACUGCUGGUUCUUCACUCGUUGGGUGUGGAAAUUGUGAGCCAUGCUAAUUGUAAAUACCAGACUAUAGCUAUUUAUCCUUCGCCCCCUAUUUCUUUUUUUAUCCCUGACAUAAAGUGCCAGAACCAUGUGUUUUCUGAAACAGACCACGGUGAAGAUGUUCUGUUAAAGUGACUGUUACCUCACACCUACCUUUCUGCUAUUGCUUCCUCUUUUCUUCAUUUCUGAUCUAGGGACCACUUUGCCUUAUGUAGUCUUGACAAAGGGUGGCGUUUAAGGCAUAAGAUAAGCUUCACUUCCAAGAUAGUAAAGCUUCCAUUUCCAAGACAGUGAAGCUUUCUUAAGCUCUACCCGUUUUCAAGAUUUGUCAAGAGGAAUAGAUCAGAAAUGAAGAAAAACCAAAAGAGAAGAGGAAACAAUAGGACAAAGGAAAGUCUGAUGUGACAGAGCCACUUUAACUCCUUGCUGUUGGACCUCGUUUGAUGUAAGACAUGUGGUGCCAGUCUGUGGCUCUCUGUGUAGACCAUGUGAUGGAUAGACCUCUUAUUGGAAGCCACUGGUUGCUUUGCUCUGUCUUGGAAUCGGUUGUAAUUUUGCUAUAUGUAUUCUUUGCCAGAGUUGUUCAUAAAAGUAUUGUCAUUAUGAAGUACCCCAUUGUUGUGUCCAUAUUACUAUAACUGUGUUUUCACGUUGCCCUUCCCUUAACAAUAACUAAAUAAAAAUGAUUUCUGGUAGGACCGAGAAAGUUGGCCAUCUUCUUGCAUUGCUCCAGAAGAACAUGCUCUACAAUCUGUAAUACAAAUCCUGCUGUUUAUGCAUUCGGACAAAUUAAUUAAUCAGCAGGUGGAGCAAUGCACUUGAGCCUACAUUUGUUUUUUUACAGUGGUGACUCCCCAGGUAAAGACUAUCCCUGCUUCGAGUGUUUACAUUGCCACCUCUUGCUGAUGCCUGUCUAAGAUGGUGUCUGUUCUUUGUCCCACAUUCCUGUCUACUAGGAAGCGUGAUGUGAUAUCUCACAAUUUCUUUUUUCUCGGGUUCAAGUGCAGGUUACCAAUUUGUUCGAUUAACAUGGUUUCUGCUACUUUUAAUGUAUAUUCUCCUGAAAUGAAUAGUGCAAUGUCAGAGCAUUUUGAAAAAACAAAUGGUCUUACUGUGUGAGAGUGCAGACAGGUGGGUUCUCCUCUAAAUAGACAAACAAUACAUCUCUAACACCGGAUCCUGCAUUCCGGACUUCCAUCAGUAUUCCAUCAAUCAGAUUAAAAUCAGCCUUUAUUCAAAAACAAAUUUUAUACUUGAACAUAAUGUGCAGGGGAGAGGGGGGAUAGAGAAGAGGGAUGAUAAUGCAUUUUGUGGUUUGCAAGACACAGCCAUAACCACCCCUACCAAUCUAAACAGCCAAUCAAAGUGUAGACUCACUUUAAACUGGGAGAUUGACAUACAAAUUGUGCAAAAUUAAGACUAUCGACUAAGGAGUAAACUUAAUUUAUUGGAAGACAUACUGUUAGAACCAUUGUAUGCUCUUCACACACAAAGCACACAACAAGCUAAAGUGCUUUAGGUGUUUGGAGUUUUCCUUUAAAUCUAAGCCCUUUCUUCUUCCUACAGGUAGAUGUUGUUAUUAAAAUGUGGAAAAACGGCUUCACUAUCAAUGAUGGCCAACUCAGGGACUACGGAGAUUCUGCAAAUCGCCAGUUCAUGGAUGCUAUGCGGAAAGGGCAAGUGGAACAAAAUAUCUUCUCAUGGCAAAUUAAUAAAUAUGAAUUAUACUUUAGAGACUCUGCAAUGCAGCAGUAAUACCAUGGCUUUAGGCCUGUUUCCCAAAAGUAAAACGUACACAAUUGACAGGUAACAAAAGUGUAGCUUCCACUGUCAAGCUCUGUCAACUCCCACAGUUGUAGGAAUCUGGUUUCCUCUCACUCGUCAUGAGAAUUGCUCUCUGGAAGCUCCCACACUCUCAUAGGAUCUGUCAUAAUCAUUGUUCUACUUUCAUAAAUGCACAAGAUUAAACAACUGAUUUGGCUGUUGGCAGAUGUCUGAUGGAACCUCCACGAGGUAAAAAAAAAGCCUGUGCCUGUGGUUACCAUAUCCCAAGCAUGGAAGUCACUAUUGGGGAUCUUUACAAAAUAUGCCAAGAACCCUGAAGAUAACAGAACUAUUCUUGCAGAUAGUAAGAUGUUUAUUGGCAGGGCAAUAAGGAGUGAACAGUAAGGCAUAAUGUGUAAUACUGGGAUUUAGGAUGUUUUUAUGUCAUUUGUGAUUGACAGCAUUGUCUUUUUACAUUACUGGUCACUUAAUUUUAAUGUUUAUAUUACAAAAUCACUUGUGUGUGUGUGUAUAUAGCGGGACAGAAAAUAGCUGUUUUGAAAACCUUGUUUAGAAAAGAUGCACCUGUUCAAAUUGCUAUAUAUAUAUUCUGGUGAUAUGUUACAGCUGCCAGUGUUACUAUAAUGCUAAGUAAAGUUUAUAUCAUUAUAAACAAAGGUUGCGAAUUAGAAUACACACAAACCUAGUCCCUUUUAUUUUUUAUUUUUUUAUCCCAGUGAUGCUCUGAAACUAAUCAUUUAUCACAUCCUUGUGAGCACUUACCCUAAAGUCUUCUAAUGUCACUGUGUAAGUAAUAUUUUUUACUUUUUGUGUUUGGCAAUAUCCAGGGAGUUGCCCACUGAGCUGCAGAGAACAUUUGAGAAAGAAGAGUUAGCUGUAAAUGUUGAGGACAGGAAAACUGAAGACUAUUAUUUAUGGAAGCUGCAAGUUAAUCCAUUCUCUGGUCUGGGUCACAGACUUGGAAGGUAAAAACACGACCGAAUGCAGUACUAAGGGAAAUAUGCUGGCUCUCCCUGCUUAUUAAAGCAAUCUGUAUUGUAGUGUGGUUGCGGUAACAGGGAGCAAUGGACAUUCAUGUAGGAGGGUUCUCCUGCUUUCACUUGUGGUUCAAAUAUUUGGCAUAAAGGUCUAUGCUGCCUCUAUGUCAAAGAAUUGAUUAACAGGUGGGGGAUGGGUCUAUUUUAAAAUAAUUGUGUUUCUCCAAUGUAAACAUUGGCUAGAAAUUCUGGAAGCACAAUGUAAACACAGAAUUCAACUUUAAGGUUUAAAAAAACUACUCAUGUACCGUGACACGUAUGCUUUAAGGAAAUAUGCAGGUGCUUCCUGGCUGUUAAAGCAAUAUGCUGGCUUCCUCCAGGUAUUUGGACAGUGUGCAAGCUUCUGCCCUGGUUAUUCAGACAACAUGCUAACAUCCCCCUAAUUAGUCAAGACAAAAUGUUGGCUUCCCCUAGUAUAAAAGUAAUUUCUAGACAUUGCCUAUCGAUGAAAACAAUUAAGUUAAAAUUUAAUUCUGUCCAAUUACACUCACAAUGUAAAGGGAUGAGGGACAAAUACCCAAGGGAGAUAUGGGAAUAAAGUGAUUUGAAUGUUCCUGAGGAUGAAAAGGUGUUCAUGUGGAGGGAGCACAGUAGGUGGGAGACUGCAGAACGAGGUUGUAGGGGAUGAGGAGUUAAGGAACCUUAUCUAAAGAAGUGUAUUUUUAGGAAUGUUUUUGAAAGACUCUCUGGAACAGUUAGAUGUCCUGACUGAGGGCAUUCGAUAAGGAGAGGGCAACCCUGCAGGAGAGAGUCUGGGGUGCUGGUGUGAGAAUUGAACAGUAACAGGUCGUUGGCUGACCAAAAAAGCCGAGCUGGAGCAUAUCUGCUAAUCAGGAAGGAGAUGUAAGCAGGCGCUCAGUUAUGGAGAGUUUUGUAAGUAAGUUUGAUGAACCAAGUCCUAAGUGAAACAUGUAACCAGUGUAGAGAUUUACAGAGGGGUGAGGUAUGAGAAUUCCUGGACGUUAUUUAAGGUAAGGAGUCUGGCAGAGGUAUUCAUUAGGACUGUCUGACAAACAUAAGUUUUCAAUAAUCAAGGUGAGGAACAACAAGAGCACGAACAAGGGUUUUAAUUGCAUAAUGAGUGGGAAAAGGGCAAACGCAAAAAAAAAAUGUUUAAGGUGAAAGUGACAGGAUUUGGAGAUUUUAAAUAAAGGAAAUUUCUGCAUCAACAACACAUCACGGCAAUCUGCCUGCAGAGUAAUGGUGAUGAUAGAUGUGUUGAGCUUUUAAGAAAACGGGAACAAAUCUAGCUUUAGAGCGAGGAAAGUUUGGUUUUGCAUUGGUUGAGUUUUAGGAAUCGGUAAGUCAUCCAGUCAGAAAUAGAGAAAAGGCAGUCGAUGACACGAUUCAGAAUAUCGAGCGAAAGAUGAGGAGAGGUAGAUUUGGGUAUCUGCAUACACGUGAUAUUGAAAGCCGUAGAAUGGUAUUGGGUCACCAAGGCAUGCAGUCUAAAUUGAAAACAGAUCCUCGAGGAACUCCAAACAGGAGAGGUACAGAAAGGUAGGAUGCACUAAAGGAGCAGUCAGCGAGGUAGGAAGAGAACCAAAAAAGUGUCACCAUGGACAAGGUUAAGAAGGAGAAGCGGGUGGUAAAAAGUGGCAGAAAGAUCAAGCAGAAUAAGGACUAGCCUUUGUAUUUGGCUGUUGCCAAGUCAUUAGUCACCUUGGUCUGCCUGGUCUCAGAGGAUUGUUGGAAGUGGAAGCCAGAAUGCAAAAGGAUGUGGAUGUGGGGUAGUCUGUAAGGAGAGUAUUAACAAGUUUUUCAAUGUACUUGUAAAGCCGGAGAACAUGUAAUUCUAUUAGUCUUAAUAAAAAAAAUGACAUUUAUUGGAUGAAAUUCACUUGAUCUGAACCUCUCAAUGGAUGAAAUUCAGCUUGGCCAAAUUAUUAUUGUUUUUUCAAUUGGACAAACUGAAUUUUUCUCACCCAUACAAAAGUCAUAUUGUACAAAACCAAUACGCUAUUUAAUUUAAGCGCAAAGAGAUAAAGAAACUGUUUUCCUGCGGGUAGAAACCUUCUUGUUACUUUCUCUGUCACAGUGCCACCCCCAAGAUCAUCACCAAAGAGUUUAAUGGCUUGGAAAAUGGGGAUAUUCUGCCAUCUGUCGAAGUGAAUGAAUUGGAGCCUUUGACCAGCUUAAAGAUUUGGUUGGCAGAUGGAAAGCAGAUUGUGCAGAGGUUCAACACAUCUCAUAGGUAAUGGAAUACUCAGUUACAUCUAAUUACUGAUAAUUUAGAUCUAAAUUAAAUUUAUAAGCAAUAUAAACAAAUUGUCUUGUGAGCCUGAUGGGAGUUGCAGUCUGAGCUUCUCCACUGCAUCUCUAUGGUGAUCAGCAGCAUUUCCUCUUCCUUUCCCUAACCACCUCUGUUUGCACACCUUCCCCCACUACAAUAGCAGCCUGACAUUGGUAAGUUGUGACCUCAGCGGCCCAGGAGACCGUUCAUUCCUGUAACCUUACAGAAGCAUUUUCAUUUAUGCAGAUAUUCAUUUUGAAUUGGUCAGUUGGCUGUUUAAAUUUUUAAGGGAUUCUCUUAGAUUUAAAAACAUUCUAACUUAGUAGUACCGGUUGUGGAGCAUAAUCCCUUUUCCCUCUCCGUGUAAAACAUUGCUGUUUCUAAGAACACUAGAUCCUCUUCCUCCCUAAGACCUUGAAGGUCUUCAUGUCCGAUUUCAUCACACACAGCAUAGGAGAAGCAUUGGAUUGGUCACACAAGUGCCAUUGAAAGAAUGCAUCCAAGGCUUCUAUGCGAGAAAUAUUAACAAUGUUUGGCAUCAUUGUCCUGUGUGUGAUGACUCUCUGAAGGAGACGACUAUCAAAAAUCAUAGAUCUUAAAGGGAUAUUCUAUGCACCAUAACUACAGCACACUGUUGAGGUUAUUGUGCCAGCAGUCUUUGGGCACCUCUACCCACAAUCUCUAAAACCAUAUAAUAACUGUUUGACCCUUACCUUGUGUCAGGCAUCCGUGGCUCUUCUGAUCUGUGUUGACAUUCAUGCUUCCUCAUUAUCAUACCAGGCAAAUCGUGUUCACUGGCUGAGAGUGUUGGUCUUUAAGGAGGAAGCACCUCUAGUGACUGUCAGUCUGACAACUAGAUACGUGUUCUAGGCAAAAUGUCAGUAGUACUGUUUCUCUGCAUCCACAGUGUUUUACAUUGCCAGAAAAAGGAGCAGAAUCUAGGUACCAAAACCACUGCAUUAAGAUGUAAUUGUUUUGUUGAUUAGUGUCUUUCCUUUCUUUUUCUUUGUUCAUUUGUUUUAUUUUAUUGGUAUUUUUAAAGGGAGGCAUUUCAGUUUUAAUACAUUUUUUUAGGUAAGUGAUUAACCCCUUAAGGACACAGCUUCAGAAGCUGAACAUACCCUUAAGUACCCAAGCAAUUUUUGCAUUUCUUGCUGUUUGUGUUCAACUGCAAUUUGCAUCUCUCUCAUUUAUUGUACCAACACAUAUUACAUACCGUUUUUUAGACAACAAAAAGGGCUUUAAUUAGAUGUGUGGCAUAUACAUAUUGUGAGCGUAAAAGUGGAAUUGUGGUUGAUGGAAGAUACAUCAGGCCUGAUUUGUUAAACAGCAACCUGAGAAUUUUCAGUUAAAUGCCCCAGGGAGAGAUGUUACAGUUUGCAAUCUACAUUGCUGAGGUUCUGCAAAACAUGGUAUGGGUCCCUGGGGCGGAGUAUUUGGAGAGCAGGGUGGGCCAAUGCUCCAACAGCAUUAGUUGCUGUGUAACAGACCACUAUUUGGAUCUGACUUACGAGUUAGUUAAUUGGCACUCACCUGUAGCCAGUCAGUUAGUAGACAGGCCUUUAAAAGAAGAGGGCAGCCUGCUGUAGAGUGAGGAAGAAAAAGACAGCUAGGAGAGUGAAAGACAAUUGUGUUUAUUGCAAAGCCAUUUCUUUUGGAAAAUUGGUAAGUGGGAAAGCCACCCAAUUAUAGAGAGUAAUUACUGUCUAGUAAGAGCUCAAGUAAGAGCUCAAGGGAUUUUGUUUGUUUUGUUAUUAUUUAAAGCACCUGUUUUCUUAUUGAAUAAAAAGGAAAACCGAACUGAAUGUGUCCUGGACUUUGUAUACCCUAGAAGGCUGUGGUUACUGCAAGAUCUGUGACAAUCCUACCUGUAAAAGAGGUGGUUUGGUACAAUAUAUACAUUUUCAUUUAUUACAAAAAAAUGCAAAAUAAUGUGGGAAAAAAACAAAAAAAUGCUUUUUCCCCCCAAGUUUUGGCAAUAAUAAUGUGUGCAUAAUAUGUCCAGCUUAGGAAAAGUAAUUCAAAAUCAAUUCAUUUAUGUGUCUUGAUUUACAAAGUACAUAAUAUGUGUAGGAUUUCAGUUUAUUUUGAAAGUUACAGGUCACAAACUACACGGUCUAAAAUAAAAUUUCAAUGUGAAACAAUUUUAGAAGUUGGUAUGUUUGUCUUGGAAGUUUAACACCCAUUACAGGAAACAAAAUUGCCACACAAAAGUAUAUAUUUAUAUAAAGUAGACAUCACAGGCUAUUUACCUAAGGUUAGUUUACACUUUUUGUGUAGCCAUUUCACCGCCAAUCUCUGCUAAAUAUUGGAGUAAAAUUGUGUUUUUUCUCUAUUUUGGCAUUUACACAUAUAACAAGGUUUUUGUAAUGUGUAUUUCGUAAACCUAGUGUGUGCUAUCCCUGUACAGAACCCCAUAUUGUGUUCAGCUACAUCUGCUGAGUACACCGAUACCCCCAUUGUAUACCUUUGCGGCUAUUCUGUGAAGCUUCAAUGCCACCAUUUUUUCACCAAUUUAUUUAAAAUUUUGUGGUGAGAAUUUUUUAAAAAAAUUUUUUUUUUACAUACAUGUUGCAUUUUCGCUGGGUAUUUCUUACAUUUGAUAAGUGCCACUGUCAUAAAUUCCCCCUAAGUAUGCUCAGUUACCUCUUAUGAGUAAAACAAGUCCAAUGUAUGACCUAGACGCUAUUUUGGAAGUUACAGUGCUCUGAAAGAGACGUGACAAGUUCAGGUUUUUAAGUGUGAAUUUACAUGGAGAGUUUUAGUGGGACCGUAUUAUAUUUUUAAAUAUGUUAGCAGGCUGCUUUUUCCAAUUACCCCAAAAAGGCGUACUAUUUCUUAAAGAAGAUGCCCGAGGGUAUUUUGAACCUUAGUGUGGGAUAAUUUUUCCGUUAGCUUGUAUCAAAUGUCGUGGUUAUAAGCAUUUUUUCUGCCUUUUUGACUCCGUGCGUUUGUACAGUAUAUUUUGCAAACCUUAUGUGUGCUAUGGCUUUAUAAUACUUUAUAUGUUGAUCAGCUAUGUUGUCUGAGUACAGCAAUACCCCCGUAUGUACCUUUGCAGGCAGUGAUCAAAGGGCAGUGAAGGGGUUAAAUUUUAUUUGAAAGAGGUGAGGGGGGGUAGGAUUUUAUUGCUUUUUUUUUUACAAGGAGAGACAGAUCAGCACCGAUCUGUCUCUGUGCAGUUCACAGCUCACACGGAGCUGCAGGGAAACAGAUCGGGUUUUACUGCAGCACAUGUGAUCGCUCUGACUCCAGGUCAGUGCGAUCACAUGGACUGAAUCAGUGAAACUGCCCAUGGUAGUGUGCCUCCGAUAUGGAGACACACUACAGGAACAUUAACCUCACGAUUGCCAAGAUUGUGGUAGUCAAGAGUUAAUUUUCAUUUUGAACGGAAAUUUUCAGUCCAGCGUCCUUAAUGGGAGUGCUUCAAUGACGGAAAAUUUCCGUCCAGCGUCCUUAAGGGGUUAAGAAAUAUUAUUUGUGUACAAUGUCUAUGUAAGGUGAAACAGUGCCACCUAGUGGAGAUAUGCCAGUGUUAAAGUUCAGUCUCACUGUAAUGGUGUUACACCUUCCUGUUUUUUUGUUUUCAUUUUUAUUUCUCCCUCAUUACGUUUUAGCAUUUCAUAUGAUUUGGCAGCCUGUGGCCGGGCCAGUCAAAUUAUGUUACAACUUUUUUAAAUCCACUAAUAAAUCAGAUUUUGCUGCUACGCAAUAAAUGCAGACCUCUUCCUUUUUUUUUUUUUAUUCUUUUUUUUUUUUUUUUUUAAUAUACAGGCAGUACUGGACGGCUUCAAAUGUAAAUUUCACGGACACAUUGUUUUUGAAAAAGUUGCGCAAUUGGAAAGAGCACUCUAUUAGUUUCCAUGGUGACUGUUCUUCUUUCAGGACUUUACCUCAAUGUUUUUGUCAUCAAUUGUUACAUUUUUUUUAAAGAGUUUUGGCAAAUUUGAGGACAUUUUUUAUUCUUUUAUUUUUUUAUGCCUUAAGGACUAUCUGGAAAAGGGAGCCAGUGUUUGGAAUGCCUGGUGGUGGGGAGAAUCCUCUCCGAGUGAGCAAAGCACUGUACUAGACAGGGAGCAUAUUUUUAUUUUGUUUUGCAUAGAACCAUGUAUUUAUAUCCAUUCUUACAAACGUGUGGCUCAAACAUAUGUAGAGUAGGCAAUAUUCUACCACACAAUAAAAACAGACACCAAUUAUUAACGUUUAAACAGAUUAAGCUGUGGUGUUUAAUGCUUAAGUGGCCUACAACCAUAAAUCUCAAACGUUUAAAACCUAUAACUUUAACCCUUUACAUAGCUUCAUUUUGUUAAACACCACCAAAUUGCCAGUGAGUCUUGGACGACCUGACCACCUUUUAUUUAACCCCUUAAGGACACGACAUGUGUGACAUGUCAUGAUUCACUUUUAUUCCAGAAGUUUGGUCCUUAAGGAGUUAAAACCAUUUACCACUAUAUACUUUCUCAGAACUUGACCCUGAGGCGGCCUUUCUGCCGCAUUGCUUCCAUAACGACAAAUACAAAUAAGUCAAUACAAUGGGAGUGAGGCAGGAAGUGUUAUAUUCUCUCCACCCUCCUCUCCCCCCCCCCCCAAAUUCAGUUUGUGACUAUCACCUAAUUCCAGUUAAAGGAACAGAGCACUAGCAAACACAAAUCCAGCUUUUACAUUUAACAAGGUUACUUUAUAUCACAUAUCUUCGCUAACAAAUAUGGGGAUUCAGUGUCAGAGGCAUUUAUUUUGUCCGUUUGUACGUCCUGCUGUAAUUUGGGAGAGAUUUUGUUUGCCGGCAGUCUUGUUCUUGAUGCCUUCAAUAAAAUCCAAGUUUUGUUUGAGGAUUCGUUUUGAUAUAUUGGUCUCAUCCUGAGGAUGCUUGAUUGGAAGGAAUGCAGAGCGUUUGCAGAGAUAUCGCUCUGUAUGUAAAAUCCUCCAGACUCCUGUUUCAUGGCCCAUUAAUCACCCAAUUGCUGUUAUUGUCUAUUUAAUGACACGGAGAAUGGUUUUACUGAUUGUGUUUGAUUAGAUGUACGCACUUUGCUCAAUCAGCAGGUUACUUAUUAAACUCCAGCAAACUUGUAAAUGGUUCCAAAGUAUUUGUGUCAUUUAAACUAGACUUGUCUUGGCUCGCCUUUCUGGACCCCCUAAAGAUGCCAUUUUAUCCAAUUCUGUGUAUUAAAGGAAGGUUUUCAUUACUGUAUAAUCUGAGCAAUGGUGACUGUCACAAACGCACCCUACUCCAAGAGUGUGUGUGACGUAGUUGUGGUGGUGAAAGGGUUAAAGUUCACUAUUUGUCCGGAAAUAAUGACAAAAUCCCCCUUUUUAACACCACCCACACUUAAACAUAAUAAUAAAACUAUUACUAUUUUAAUGCUGCCACCACCAAGACAAUUUAUAAAUGGAGUGCCUUGGUCCCCCAGGUAAAUCAACAAUAAAACCCACCAAAUAUUACUUAGUACAAAAUUUAAGGAAUUACAAAAAUACUAACUAGUCUCUUCAGGUAACGUGAUUCUUAACUAGACAAAGGCAGAACGUAAUAAAUGAAUGUUUAUUAUGAGCACAAAAUAGUCACAGUGCAUAUAAAAAUAUAUGAUAAACAAAUUAUGUACACCAACAACAGAUAAAAACAAAAAGGAUAAAAUACACUCACUAAGUUUUCAAAGUACAACUUCUGUCCUGGGGGUCUCUGGCAAGGAAAGAUGGUGACUCACUUAGAAUUAGAUUCUGGCCCCCAAGCAAGUACACUAGCACCCUUCAGGAUCAUUAGAGAUAUACCCUGUGGAUUACCACACCUCACCCAGAGGUGGAGUUAAGGGGUAUCUACAGAAAAAAUAAGUGACCACCCCCUUGUGUCCAGACCCAGUUUGAAGAAUCACCCUCCAUUCAUUCAAUACUUUCCCUCCCUGCUACUUUAUUCAUGGAUUUAUUACUGUGACGAAGUGCCCUUCGCCACUUGUGCCUGGAGAGGACUGCUUGCCCGCCUCUUGCCCUGUGACUAUGGACCCUGGGAGAUUUGGCCCGUUCAAUUCAGUAUGAUAGGAGUUAUGUAUUUUUGUAUCCUUUUGUGUUUUACUGGGAACAUGUGCUCAAUGGAGUCUGCCUCUAUCCCUGGGAUAUAAUUGGAUUAUUUUCCCCAUUGUCUCCAGGAUAGAGGGCUCUGUAAAAAAUGGUUUGGGCCAGAUAGCCAUGCUGCCAGCCAGGCCCCAAAAGAUACUUUACUAACUUCUGAACCCCUAGUCUGAUUCAUGUCAUUUUUUGAUAUGUUGUUUCCCUGAAUGGAUUGAUUGUAAAUAUAUAAUUUUUAUGUGAAUGUGAUGUAUAUUUUAGAAGUUAUGCUGUUAUGCUGUAAAAACUGUAUUUUUCCUACCUGUGAUAAUUGCAUCUUCUAUUGUAUAAGAUAAUUGAAUCACAGGCAGAGGGGAGGAUUUUGUGUGGGCUGUAACCUCUGUUUUAUUGGCUACUGUAGAUAACGUGUGUGUCCCUCCCCUGCAUGGGAGCAGGGCAUAAAAGAAACUGUAGCUUGAAUACCUGUUGUUACUUCCAAUAAAGUCUUGUUCCAGCAUUAAGCCUUGGCUCAUGUUUGGGGGAUUGCUAUAAUAACUUACUCCCCAGAGUAAACUCUUGCAAUAGCUUGAUUUGUUCCUGCUACACUCUCUGGAUUUAGGAGAGGUUCACCCACUGGGAGCUGGAUCCUGGUCGUGGAUCCAGGGUGGGUGGAGACUGCGAGACCCCGGCGCAGCUGUAUCGCUGGAAGUGGGGUCUGCAGUGCUUCUGGUGUCGGUUGGAGUGCUUGGAGUCCUCAGCGAGCACUAGGCGCAUCGAUUGGCGGAGGUACUCAGUCGGAGUGCCAGCGUUCCGUCACACCCAGAUCAAUCCAUAUGGAAACAUCUUCUCUUAUGUACCCGCCACAGAAAUAAUAAUUGCUUCUAUGAAUUUAUUAUUUUCCCAUUCUAUACAUAUGUUGCACGCCAACCUUAUGAUCCGAUAGGAUGGACACCACAAUUCCUUCCCCUAUGGGCAAGUUAGGCCACUCAUGUUUGGACCUGGUUAGAAGAUGGUGCUUGUCACAUUCCCAAAUAAAACAAAAAUGAGGCUUUAUUAUUAUUCUGUGGGGGUAAAUAUGAAUACUUUAGUCCUUCCUUUGGAUAUGAUAUUGGAACAAGGCUGAUGGCAUUUACAUAUCAAAGAGAUUGGCUCAUCCCUUACAAGGUACAUGCCAAAUGGAUGAAGAGACUUCAGACUUUUUCCAAGUGUAGAACCUCACACCUUGCAGAGCCUUGAUUACUUCACAUCCAUAUAGUAAAAUCCUUUUCACAUUGCUAUGCCAUUCAUACUACCCCUUCUGUCAUCUUACCUCUGUGGGGGUCCCAGCUUCAAAAGAUGUAACUCCUUUUGACCUCAACAAUACCAUCUCUGUAAUUUGUGCCAUUUACUACACAAAUUACAUUAAAGGAUAAUAUUCCAUAGUGUAAUAAUAAAUUAUGCACCCUUGCCGUGACAGUGACUGUUUAACCCUCUAGCUGCUAGGCACUGCAAUAUGUUCAUUGUGUGUGACACCACUACACACUGCCUGGCAUUAUAAUGAGAAGCAAUUAUUCCAUCCCGUCAUUCCAUCCCGUCAUUAUAUUUUAGGGAAGCAGAAAUACAGGUGUGUGCCAUCCUCUGCAUUCCAGGAGAAGUACUGACAACACGUCAUCAUACACAGUGGCCGGAUGUUUCACAAUGAGAAUUGUACUUGCGUACAAGAAAUGCGCAGUGUUGCACUCUUUUGUCUUUUUAAUUUUGGUAAAUCUUUUUCCUACCAAAAUGUCAUAUUCAGUCCGUUCCUGAUUUUUAUAUUUUACAUUUUUAUUUUUCUAAGACUGUAUUUUUAAAGAACCCAGUUUUCCUUGGGCAGAAGACGAAGAAGAUGUUGUUUUGGGAGUUCUUAGCAAGAUUAAAAAUAUUUUACAGUGUUGUUUUUGUUUUCAUGCUUCUUAUUGAUGACCUUUCUCAACCUCUACUAUAAUUGAUGUAGAUGGCACAGUUGCCCCUUUAUUUUCUCUGGUACUUAGUGCCAAAGGGCUUGAGUUCUCUCAAUCCCUUUUUUCGGAGUAUGGACAAUUAUUACCAUUGAGUUUGUGCACCACUUGACAUUGUACUUUGUAUGGAUUGGGGGGACAUUCGAUAUACACUGGUAUUACCUUGUAUUUUAUAUUGCAGCCUCGAGCUUAUAUAUACUCCAGUAAUAAAAGAGCACAAUACUCAGUUUCAUAAGCACCAUAGCACUAAUGUAUGUUGAAAUGGUUAUAGUGCUUGGAGGCUGUAAGUACCAUCCUGCCGUUCUGUGAAACCAUUUUUGAGCAGCUUGACACAAACCAAGGGUUCCCCAGGUGCCUGUGUCCUUUCUCCAUUCUUGCCAAAAUGCUGAUACAUAGUUCCACUUCCACAUUAGCGAUGUUAGUUUUCAUCCAAAUUUGACAGAAUGAGCUGACAUGCUCAGUGGGUCAGUGCUGUCCAACAUUGGAUGAAACAGUCAAUGCAGAAUUGGAACCUCUGCAUUAAAAAUCCAGUGAGAAAGGGGCUGGAGGGACCCUUGAUUUAAGUUAAACUGUUAAAGGGACACUAUAGUCACCUGAACAACUUUAGCUCAAUGAAGCAGUUUUGGUGUAUAGAACAUGCCUCUGCAGCCUCACUGCUCGAUCCUCUGCCAUUUAGGAGUUAAUUCCCUUUGUUUAUGAACCCUAGUCACACCUCCCUGCAUGUGACUUGCACAGCCUUCCAUAAACACUUCCUGUAAAGAGAGCCUUAUGUAGGCUUUCUUUAUUGCAAGUUCUGUUUAAUGAAGAUUUUCUUAUCCCCUGCUAUGUUAAUAGCUUGCUAGACCCUGCAAGAGCCUCCUGUAUGUGAUUAAAGUUCAAUUUGGAGAUUGAGAUACAAUUAUUUAAGGUAAAUUACAUCUGUGUGAAAGUGAAACCAGUUGUUUUUUUUCCAUGCAGGCUCUGUCAAUCAUAGCCAGGGGAGGUGUGGCUAGGGCUGCAUAAACAGAAACAAAGUGAUUUAACUCCUAAAUGACAGUGAAUUGAGCAGUGAAAUUGCUGGGGAAUGAUCUAUACACUAAAACUGCUUUAUUUAGCUAAAGUAAUUUAGGUGACUAUAGUGUUCCUUUAAAGUUCUUUGAUAAAAAAAACUGGGAUUAUGCUUGCUGCGUCUUAGCACCAUGAUCACUAUAACUUGCCCUGUAAAAAUGCAUCAGACAUACAGCUUGCCUUUGCUGACAUUACUGUGCAACAUUAAAAUUAAAAAAGAAAAUUCUUACAUUUUUAUGAUAAAAUCUAGUCUUCUAGAAAAGUUGUUUUAAGCUGUAUUAAUUUAUAUAUUAUUUUUUCAACACUUAAAUAUCUUGAUAAACCCAUGUUUCCCGAGAAGCUUAGAUUGUAAUUUUAUAUUGUUUUAUUUCCACAGGAUCAGUGAUGUACGGGAUUUUCUCGAGAGACUUCCCCGUAAGCCCGGGAACACGGCUUUCACGCUGGCAACCUCCUUCCCUUUACGUGAGCUGUCGGAUGAGGCCAUGACUCUCCAGGAAGCAUGCCUGCACAACAGCGUUCUGGUGCAGAAAUUACAAAAUAACACAGAGCCUUUCAGGGACUCCUAGCUUUUUGCAAAAUGCUGAACUUGAAACCAUGUAGCAGACGGCGAUUUGAGCCUUGGAGUUCCAGUAUUUGUUGCGCUUAUUUAAUUUUGUCAAUAUGAAAAAGCACUGUGAAUGGACUUGUAGUAUCCCAUUAGAUUAGUAGCACGCCUUCUUUGUGUUUUUGGAGGCAUGUGUGAAGGGAUUGAAACUUGCAAUACUGCCAAAACUUUUUUUUGCUGCAUUAGAUAAACUCUGAGAGUUCUGGUGAGUGCAGUGGGUUGCAUUCCUAAGACAUUGUAACAGCCAAUUAAAUUGCCUCUUAGAGAUUUUGCUCAGGACCCCUUUUUCUUUUCUAAAUGAGUUUUUUUUUUUUUUUUAAGCCCCCUUUUCUAGCCUUUCUGACUAUUGCUGUUUGCAGUGAUGUCUGGGUAUUUUAUGGCACUGACUACUUACUUCUGUAGUUUUUUACGUUUUUUUCCCACUUGUUUUACUAGUGGGAAGAAAAUAAGAAAGAGGUUCCUUUAUAUCUCCCUGUAUCUUGUCUUUCCUCUACUCCUCCCACUCCCUUAAAAAAAGUUGUUUGUUUGCAAAGUCUGUUUUUGUUUGUUUGUUUUAUGUGUUAUAUAAUCCAGUGUGUUGUUUCUAUAGAAUACUGUCACUGUUAUUGGUAUACAUUAAGGGCUUUUAGAAUCCCUUAGAAGCCUAAAGGAAAACUGAAAUUGUAUUUAUUUUAAAGUAACACUCCGGGUGCCAAAACAACUUCCUUUGUCAAGCCGUUUUGGGAAUGGGGAGCCGCUGCUCGUCUGAGAGCAUCAAUUGAUGCUUUCGGACAAUCGAUUGUGCCCAGUCCGAAGCUUCCUGUUUCAAUCAUCGAACUCCGCUAAGCUGAACAGCACUAUAGACGGUUGAACCUUCUUAAUUCUGAUGAAGUUGUUAUAGUGCUCAGAGAAUUCCUUUAAAAUAUGUUAAAGGGACAGGCUAAGCACCAAACCAACUACAGUUUGGUGUAAUAAUUAUGUUGCCUAGACUCAUUAGGUGCUGUCCCACAGAUUUUUGUCAAACCAUUUUGGAGCAGUUUGACAAAACCUAGGGCUCUUUUUGACACCCAUAAGCCACCUCUCUUCAGCCACAUAAAUAAUACAUAAUUGACACUACUAAAUUACUAAUAUCCAUUUUAUUCAACUUAAAGUCCAGCGAUGACCUGUGAGCACAGGGGACUGGAGAGCCCAGUGAUCCAAAAUGGUUAGUAGAAUGGCAUAGCCUAUUUAUGCACCAUACCCACCAAAACUUAGUAUAGGAAGUAUGGUGCAUACUGUCCCAUUAGGCAAUCAGAAUGGGGAGAUUUUUAUCAGCCCAUUAAAUUACUUACAUUUAAGUAAUUUGACAUAAGAAUAGUGCAUUUUAUACCAGAAUGGCCGGUUCCAACUCUAUUUUUCCAGCGCAUUUAAAAUGUACAAUCGCCUUGUCAGUUCUACAAAAUCUCCAGUUUAGUGAAUACGCCUUUAAGUGGAAGUUUAAUUAAGACAUAUCAUGAUGCAAGCGUUACUGCACUUUUGUUUUUUAAAGUAUUGUUAUAUAAAGGAACACUAUAAUUAUAGGAAUACAAGCAUGUGUGGAUAUUUAGGUGAACGUCCCCCUCUCUGCUCAGUGAAAAAGUAUUAAACUUUUUCUCCCAUGCCGCAGCAAUCUUACCGAAGCUAACCCCGCCUCAAUGGCUGAGAUCAUCAAUCUUGAUGAUCUCUGCCAAUCCAAUACUUUCCCAUAGGAAAGCAUUGUGGGCUUAUGGUGCAUGCGUGGCAAAAUGCCGCUCUGCGUAAAUCUUCAUCUCGUGGGGAUGCAUUGAAUUAAUGCAUCUCUAUAGGGCGCGAUCAGCGUCUCCAUGUUGAGCGUGGAACAUAGAUAAGGAAGCACUUCUAGUGGCCGUCUGAGUGACAGUCACUAGAGUUUUUUCCAUGCAGCAAUUCUCUGAAAAGGCAGUGUUUUCAUUGCUGAGCGUGUAGGGCUGGCAUUAAGCUGUAGUGGUUCUAGUGAAUAUAGUGUCCCUUUAAAUCAGGGCAUUUUGAGUUUUCAUGAAAAGACGAAGCAACUUAUUCCCACGAAUUUGCACAAAGUUUUGUGUUGGUGCUUUAGCCCCUGCCAAAGUCAUUAAAAGUUCAUCUCCCUGGACUGGUUGUUUUAUUACAAUGGCUUUUUUUAUAGAUCAGCCCAUAUUUGCAUGAUAUCUUACAGUAUGUUUUGCAAAACUGAAAUCUCUUUGGUUUCAUUUUUAUAUAUAUAUAUAUAUAUAUUAAAAGCAAUUUUACGUUU